UCGGUAUUUAAAUUUGAAUAUAGCCAUGCGGUUGCUUUUACGUAAACCUUACAGCAUUGAAGAAGGCGGACAAGACGUAUCCACAACAGACACUGACUAAUAUUAUUUGAGUUUUUGAUUUCACGAAAAUAAAAACUGAUAAUGCAAAGUUUAAGUAAUGUUUCUCGCAAUAUUCGACGAAAGAAAGGUAUUCAUUUGGACUGCACUAAGUCCGAGAUGAAGCGCUGUAUAGGAACUUCCACGCUUUCGGCUCUUGCGAUUGGAAAUAUGGUAGGCUGUGGCGUGUAUGUAGUGACAGGCGAAGUAGUCAGAAAUAUCGCUGGGCCGUCGGCAGUGCUAUCAUAUAUAAUCGCAGGUAUAUUAGUCUUCGUAAUUUCGCUUUGUUUUUCUGAAUUUGCUAUCAGAUUUCCAAAAGCAGGGUCUGUGUAUUACUACAGUUAUGUCGCUUUUGGUGAAAUAUGUGCGUUCAUCACUGGGUGGAAUGCAACGUUCGAGAAGACUGUAUCGGUCGCAGCUAUAGCAAAGGCCCAGAGUAAUUUUAUCAACUACAUGACAAAUUCACUUAUUAAGAAUGUCACCAUAAAAUAUAUUUUAAACGGUCAAGCUUGGGAUCAUUCAGUUAUAACGGAUUAUCCUGAUUUUUUAGCCAGUCUUAUAAUAAUUGUGGUUUGCAUUCUUUUAGCUCUUGGAACUCAGAUUUCCGCUCGGCUCAACAAUUUGCUUGUUGUCACCAAUAUAUCCGUUAUUGCAAUAAUGUUGUGUACUAGUGUAUUUUACGCAGAUUAUUCUAGAUGGUCAGCUAAAGCAGGUUUUUUCCCGUACGGAGCUGAAGGCGUUUUAGUUGGAGCGGCGACAUGUUUCUGGGUAUAUACAGGAUUUGAUGACAUCUCUUGUUUCAGUGAAGAAAUAAUUAAUCCUGCUAAAAGCAUUCCCAUUGCCACUUUCGUUGGAAUUUUUGCCACGGGGGUGACUAAUUCAGUUGUUGCUUUAGUGAUAACAGCAGUGCAACCUUAUCAAGAAAUAGACGCAAAUUCUAUGCUAACAUCAGUGUUUACGUCACAUGGCAACACGUGGAUGACUGUUGUCAUUGGAAUUGGUGUCACGGCAACGGUUGCCUCGAUCAUUGUCACGCAUGCCUCCGUUGCACGUAUAAUCCAAAACAUGGCGGCAGACAGGCUUUUAUUCAAAUCGCUUGCGCACAUCGACCAGCGCACUGGUGUUCCCUCUAGGUCCACCAUUUUUUUAGGCCUGGUUUGUGCUGUCAUGGCGAUGAUAUUCGAUGUAGCAAAGCUUGUUGAAUUUGGGGUGCUUGGUGCCCUUAGUUCAUACAUUAUGACAUCCGUUGGUGUGCUUAUUCUACGUCAUCGUAACAGUGAGAGUGAUUUUGGUGGCACUAAAUCGUACAAUAACAACACUGAACCUUCAUUAUUGUUUAAAGGCAUGAGAAAAAAUUAUACAAGUGGACCGCAACAAAACUACAAUUUCUAUAAGCCGAAACAUUAUUCAAAGUUUCUCGUGGAUAGAUACUCCACUGAAUCGGUCGCAACAUGGUCUGUCGUGCUUAUAGUUAUUCUUUUGACAGCGGUUUGUGUUGUCGUCAUACAUUUUUUUAACUUGCUGAUUGAACCAAAUUGUUACAUGGUCGUGUUUUUGGGUGGAAUGUGUUUUGCCAUUAUUUUGGUGCUUACCGUGUUGGCACAGUGUAAAGAAGUAAAUAUACCAAACGAAUACAAGGUCCCAAUGACGCCUUACUUUCCCCUUCUUGCUGUGACGAUAAAUAUUGUAUUCAUUCUGCUGCUGAAGCCUGUAACGUGGCUUUUCUUCCUAUGCUGGGAUGGCUUAGGUUUAUUAGUCUACAUAUUUUACGGAUAUCGAAAUAGCAUUGAAGGACUGGUCAAGUCACGUGAUGAGAGAGACCCUCUUCUCAAUAAGAACACUGGUAGCAGCAUGUCUUCGGGUCCCAAUACCAGUGUAUGUUGUUCCUUGUAUGAAUCUACCAUCUAGUCAGCAAAUAAGCAUGAUGAUCAAAUAGACGAAUUACGGAAACGGAAACAACAGUUCAUUGAUGGGGGAAAGAGACGUGCAUUCAUUUGUUACCCACGUUAUUUAUUAACCUAAACAUUCUUGAAUAUAAGGCCACGUCACCCAUUGGAAGCAAUUUUGCUGGUCAUUAAAUAAAUUACAUCUUAAUUGCUAGGCGACAUUUGUAAAUAACAGGAAUAAUUUUUAUUCCAAGACAAUAAUUAUAUUGAAUUAUUUAUAUUAAUUUCGGCACCAAAAGUAUAAUUUAUUCUAUUGUUAAAAGAUUUAAUGAUGAGUCAAUGUUAAUUAUUUAUGUAUAUUGGAACCGUCAAGAUAAAAUUGUUAAUAAAAAAUGAUGGUCAUGUAAUUUGAAUUGUUAAAAAUUAAUAGCAAUAUAUUAAACUGCAAUAACAAAUCGAA